CAGACGCGGCCAAUCAGAGGCCACGCACGAGGGUGAGGCAAGUCCGCCUCUCGGGAGGCGAGGGUGGGGGUUCGGCGAAUGACGUGAGGCGCCGCUGGGCGGUAGGGAGUAGACGCCCUCGGUCCUCCGUCUCGCCUUGCAGCUUCCGGGUGUGCGGCUGCGGCCAUUUUGAGCUUCGCUUCUUUGCGCCCUCGCCUGCCACCCAGCCACCCUUUCCGCCUUGGCGUUUCGCGCCUCCGUGCGGGCCACCGGAAACGCCGCCGCCGUCUCCGUCGCCGCCGCGCGAGGGGGGUCUUCUCUAUGGUGGAGCGAUCUCACACGGCUUAAGACGUCUCCUUCCCUCGCCGGGAUGGACGUAGCCGCGGUCGCCACCGCUUGCGCGGGCCUCCGGGCCGUCCGGUGUAGCACUCGCUGCGGAAGCCGCCGCUCUCUGGGCCUCCCCUGCCGGCGCGGGAAUCGGACUGCAGUACCCACUCCGUGGUUGGGCAAGGCGGAGACUGUGUAGACCUCGAAUCCUGCUCGCGCUGACGCCGCUGAGCUCUGUCCUCUUCCUGCCCGAGAAGCCGCCAAGGUAAGGAGAUGGAGACGGGAACGCACAGGGCCCGGAAGCGGCCUGGCCCUCGGCUGGGCUCCUGGUUCCGGCUGCCCUUCCUUCGGCGAUCGCGCGCCUGCCCUUCCGAGUUCCCGCCGCCUUCCUCUCGACAAAAUCCCGGGAACUCCGCGCUGCCCGAGCGUCGGACUAGGUACUGGACCAAAUUGCUUUCUCAGCUCCUUGCCCUGCUCCCUAGCCUAUUCCAGAAGCUGCUGCUUUGGAGCCAGCUUUUCGGGGGCCUGAUUCCGACCAGAUGGCUAGAUUUUGCCGCAAGUUACAGCGCCCUGAGAGCUUUGAGAGGACGGGAGGAAUCUGCCGCUCCCACGGUGCAGAAGUCUCUGAGUUCACUGCGGCUGGACUCUUCGGAAGACUUGGUUGUCAGUUCUCUUGAUUGGCUAGAGGAGGGACUCCAAUGGCAGUGCUCGUCCUCAGACCUGGAGUUGAAACUCAAGGCCCAGGAAAGAGCUUUAGACUCUCCAGCGUCCACUUUCCUCCUGGAGCAGCAGCUGUGGGGAGUGGAGUUGCUGCCCAGUAGCCUUCAAACCGGGCUAGUCUCCCCCCGAGAACUUGGCUCUUCAUCCUCUGGGCCUCUGAGCGCUCAGAGCUUAGGCAAUUUGAAGGUCGUUUCCUAUCUCCUGAACCCUUCCUACCUGGACUACCUUCCCCAGUUAGAGCUGCGCUGUCAGAACAGCGCUGGAGCUGGCCAAUUUGUGGGUUUCCGAACACUAACCCCAGAGAGCUGCUAUCUUUCUGAAGAUGGUUGUCACCCACAGCCGUUGCGGGCAGAGAUGUCCGCAACCGCCUGGCGAAGGUGUCCGCCUCUCUCUACAGAAGGCCUGCCGGAAAUCCACCACCUUCGUAUGAAACGGCUAGAAUUCCUCCAGGCUAACAAAGGGCAAGAGUUACCCACCCCUGACCAAGAUAAUGGCUAUCAUAGCCUGGAGGAGGAACAUAACCUUCUCCGGAUGGACCCACGCCAUUGCACAGAUAACCCAGCACAGGCGGUGUCCCCUGCUGCAGACAGGCCGGAGCCCACUGAGAAAAAAACAGAAUUGGUGAUUCCAGAGGUUUCACAGGGCCCCCAGGGAAGCAGUCUGUUUUGUGAAUUACCUGUGGAAAAGGAAUGUGAAGAGGACCACACCAAUGUAACUGACCUCUCAGAUGGAGGAGAGAGCCUUCCUGUUUCUACCAGACCCGUUUGUAGCAACAAACUGAUAGAUUAUAUUUUGGGAGGCGCCCCCAGUGACUUGGAAGCCAGCUCUGGUUCUGAGAGUGAGGACUGGGACGAGGAGCCUGAGGACGAUGGCUUUGAUAGCGAUGGCUCCCUGUCGGAAUCAGACGUGGAACAGGACUCUGAAGCGCUUCACCUUUGGAACUCUUUCCACAGUGUAGAUCCUUACAACCCCCACAACUUUACAGCCACGCUUCAGACGGCUGCUGCCAGAGUUGCCCCCAGAGACCCAUCUGACUCAGGGACAUGCUGCUCUGGCAGCUCUGGUGUAGGCAGUCGUCAGGCGGGACCCCUUCCUGAGACCCCCAACCAUAGUUCCGGGGAGGAAGAUGACUGGGAAUCCAGUGCAGAUGAAGCAGAGAAUCUUAAAUUGUGGAACUCUUUCUGUAAUUCUGAGGACCCCUACAACCUUUUAAAUUUUAAGGCUCCUUUUCAAACGUCAGGGAACAAUUGGAAAGGCCGUCAGGACUCAAAGGCCUCUUCUGAGGCUACAGUGGCCUUCUCUAGCCAUCAUACCUUACUUUCUUGUAAGGCCCAGCUGUUAGAGAGCCAAGAAGAUAAUUGUCCGGGCUGUGGGCUGGGUGAGGCUCUUGCUGGAGAAAGAUACACCCAUAUCAAGAGAAAAAAGGUAACCUUCCUUGAAGAAGUUACUGAGUAUUAUAUAAGUGGUGAUGAGGAUCGCAAAGGACCAUGGGAAGAAUUUGCAAGGGAUGGAUGCAGGUUCCAGAAACGAAUUCAAGAAACAGAAGUUGCCAUUGGCUACUGCUUGGCCUUUGAGCACAGACAAAAAAUGUUUAAUAGACUGAGGAACGUGUCAAAGGACUUACUGUUGUACAGCAAUGUUAAGAAGUGAACAGCCUGCAAACCCCGCCCACUCUGUCUCUUACUUGAGAGUUUCCCUUAAAAACAAACACUGGCAGCUGUCCUUGGACAUGUUUUUAAAGAAACAAUUUGUAUCUAGUCAUGUAGUUUGAUUCUUUUUGGGUAAUGUGUCUCAGUAGAAACAUCAACUCCGAUAAUGAAGAAUCUCUAAUCUGUAAACCUCUUUUCCUAUUUAGUUGGAUGUGGGUUUUGACUUUUUGAGAAGGUCUCACUGCAUAAUUCUGUUUGGCCUAGGUCUAUGUAUGUAGACCAGGUUGGCCUUGAAGUUGAUAUCUCCUUGCCUCUGUUUCCUGUGCCACCAUGCCCGGCUGGAAGUGUUUUUAAAUAUCCUCUGCUUACCUGGGGUGAGAGUUUAAUUUUGCACUUUCAAAACGUUUCUUCUGGAGGCAGGGGCUGGUCUGGUUUACAUACAGGCUUCAGGCCAGCUAGGGCUAUGUGGUGAGACCUAGUCUUAGAGGACAAACAGAACAAAACAGUCAGGUUACUGUGGAAACUGAGGCAGGAGCAUAGAAAGGUUCAGGUGUGCCUGGAACUCAGUGAACUCAAGGCCAGCAUGGGGAGUUUAGCAAGACCUUUUUACACUCAGAAUGGAAAAGGAAGCUGGGGAUAUAGCUCGGUAGCAGAGGCCCCUGCCUACAUGUGCAAGGUCCUGGGUUCAGUCCCCAGUACUGCAAAUAGAAAGAAAAAACAUUGUCUUGGAUAACUAUAAGGUUUAAGCCUCAUAUUCAGUUCUAACUCAAAUUAUGCAUGCGUUGAGUUCUUGUGGUUUUUCUUUGUUCUAAAAUUAAUGGGCUUUAUGGAUUUUGUUUUUGUAUGUUUUUAUGUCUGUUAUAUUUUGAGGUGGGGGAUUGAGGCAGGGUCUCACUGGCCUUGAGCUCAUGGCAGUUUUCCUGCUUCAACUGAGUGUUUUGGUUUGUUUGUGUUUGUGUUUUUUUACUUUCAUAGAUUUGACUUAAUUAUUUUAAGGCAAAAACCUGUUAUCAACCUAAAAGACAUUGAUGUGUCACUUCAGUGAUGGAUUGUCUCCCUCUUUUUUUUUUUUUUCCCAGAGCCGAGGACCGAACCCAGGGCCUUGCACUUGUUAGGCAAGC